GCUCUGGUCCGAGUACUCGUCGCCCGAGUACCACUGGGGGGAGGACCUGCAGUUGCCGCUGACCGACCCGUCCGCGGUGCUGCACGUCUGCGUGUACGACGGCGGCACCCCGCCGGCCUUGCUAGGACAGUGGAUGACGACGCUCAAGUGGCUGGUGCUCGACCCGUACAACAGCGAGCACUCGAGCCUGCACGUGGGGCGCGACGGCGUCGCGUCCGGCUGGUUCGUGCUCUCGGAUCAAUCUUGGCGCGGCCUCGGCAAGUGCGGCGAGAUCCACCUGCGCCUCGCGUGGAGGCACGCGCAUGGAGCGGAGCCGCCGCCCUCGCACCGGCAGACGGCGCUCGAGCAGCUGUCGAUGAACUCGACCGAGUCGGCGCUGCGGCUUGGCAACCCCGCGGGCGUGCAGGCGAUGCUCUCCUCGCUGCCGUACUUGCUGCACGUGCGGCGCAUCACGCUGCGCGAGGUCGAGUUCUUCGUCAAGGACCUCUUCAUGGGCCACAAGGGGCAGGCCGAGGCCGGCAAGCAGCAGGACCGGAUCAACGUCGCGCUGCUCGAGAUCAACCGCAAGUUCGAGCCAAAGGACCCGGCCGACCCGGGCCUCACCAUCUGGGACUUCCUCGUCCGCUUCUUCGCCAAGCAGGCCUUCCCGCAGGUGCUCGACCUCCGCCGACCCGGCCCGCUCGCCGCCUUCAUGCGGCAGGCCGUCGAGGGGAUCCACUCGCACCACAUGGGCUUCUGGUUCGCGGUGCACACCUCGCACAUGAACUUUUGGCAGAACGUCGCCGAGCAGUUCAAAGGAGGCGGCGCGAGCCCGACCUCCACGCCCGCCCCAUCCACGCCAGCCGCCCCGGCCGGCGAGGACGGCGCCGCAGCAGAGGCGCCGCCCGCCGAGACGCCGCUCCUCCCGCCGCCCCGGAGCAACCCGUUCCGCAACGCGUGGCACGCCUUCGAGACGCCGCCCCGCACGCCGCUCCGUGCGCGACCCCCCUCCCCCUUUGGAAGCCCGCGCGGCAGCCCGCGCGGGGGCGCCGCGAAGCCGCCCCGGCCGAGCCAAGCCUCGUCGUGGACCGAGGCGAUCCCGCUCGACCAGCCCGAGCGGCGCGAGCGGCUGGCCAGCCCCCCAAAGGCAGCAAGCUCUCGCGCCUCGCCAUGGUGAGACCCCGUGCCGCGCCUUCGUCCCCACUUGUCUCCGCUUGACACUGUGCAUCUCCCAUGCCCCUCUUGCCUCUUCCCGUUCGCCCGUGCAUCUCUCUUCAUGCGUGCCCCUCCGCGCUCCGGGCGCUCCGGCGAGCGCCCGUUACGCCUUGUCAACGAAACGUGUACCGCGCUACCGUGUGCGUCUGUGGUCUGUAGAGACUGUACCGUGCUCCGUGGGUAGUGUUGUCAAGACGAUCUGCCGCGAA